CGGGUUUCUACUAGUGGUCUUGCAAAUAUAUGCUCAUACCUAGAAAUAUCACAAGCUGGCCUUCUGGUACUAUAGGCCCGACAAGGGUGAUCGGUGACCUAGUCCUAGUGUACUAUCUUCGAUGAAGUCUGUGAGGCUAUCUGUAAAUCACUCUCACCGAAGGAACUGGCUGCAAGGGAAACACCCUUGUCGUGACACAGUGAUAUGAAACACUCCCUGCGUGCUCCCCGUGUUUGCCCGAAAACGUUUUUACAUUCUUUCCUCUUAGACAUUCUGGUUUUACGACCUGACCUUGAAUUAAUGUUUGUACCGUCAUCCUCUCAACACUUCUUUCUCCUUUCCUAUUUACCUUUCCGUCCUAUCUGCUGUUAAUCUUUGUCUCCUACUACAUGAAGAUUUCGAUCAUCUUUGGGUCGGCAAGUUCGGAUAUUGCGUUACUGAUCUCAAACUCUUUGAGUACUACCUAGUGUCAAUUUCUUUUAGGUCGUUUUUAACUACAUAGACCUUGUACUUACAUCAAACACAAACAGUACUAGACCACCAGGAUCACUAUGCCUGCUGAUGUUCAUUCGUCGCCUGCGGGAAAGCAACACGUUUCCGCGCCUGAGGUUGACGUAACGCCGAAAAAUCUGCUUUCGGAUCUGAAGAAUUUCGUAGCGGAUAAGGUUAUGGCUGUCCGUUUCUAGCAGUAGCACUAUGCACUUCUUUAACUUUGAUGAUGACUUCUUUGUUGAUAGAUUAACUAGGCAGUUACUUGUAAUUGCUACGUGGUUCGAAUGAAUGAAUGAAUGAAUGAAUGAAUGAGUCUUUGGUCUCCGCUGACGUUCUUGAUGAGGUUCAUGUUCAAAUGCGGUUUAGGAGCUGCGUAGAUGUUGAAUAAGAAUAACCCAUCUUCUAACAAGGGCACGAUCAUGAGCGCGAUAUCUGAGCACGUGCCGUUUCCAACGGCCUCGUCAUUGGAGUCAACAAUAGGGACUGUCAGGAACGGCGACCUUAUAAGGAACGCCCUGAAGAAACUGGAUGCGGAUGGAGACGGAAAUCUCAGUCUCGAGGAACUAGAAAAUGCAGGAAAAGAUGCAUUCAAAAAGUUGGAGGAAAAAUGGCUACCAGUAAUAUUUGAUAGUAUCUUCAUGUCGUAGAAAUGAAAGUUUUCAUGGUCUUUAACAUAGACGUCGGUUGUACUAUCUCGGAACAAAGACCAUCUAUGACGCCCUUAUGGCAGUCUGCACUGAACUUUGUGCGAGAUCAAUUGUAUUGCAGUGUAUUGCAUUGUUGUAUCGAAGCAAUUCGUUGCACCAGAAAGUUCUUGUAACUUCUACGUCAGAACUGACGUACAAGUGAAAGUUUAUGUAGUGUUGUCAUGACACUGAAAGUGGAAAAGUGAGAAUAUUACGUACCUACACAAAUAACACGACAUUGACAUUGACUCCUCCUCCUCGUCCAACAAGGUCCGCGCAUUUUUGGUGAAGCAUCGGGAUAGUGCGGAACUAGGUGUGGGAUAUCUUGCAGCUUUCUACGGAGGGAACUUCAAAUUCCUCUUCAUGGCGUCAAAUCUGGCACAAGGAACCGAGGGCGGCGACGCCUUGUCCAGCUUCCACGAACUCCUACAGGUCACCGCAGAAGCAAAGGAGAGAUUCAAGAAAAAAUUAGGCAAGGGUCACGUCUUGAUCAAGACGGGAACAGGUAGGCUGCUAUUUUUUGAAUGACUGACCAUUUUGAUCUAGAUUUACUGUGUAAGUAAUUUCCAUUGCCUAAUUUCCAUUGCGUAUGUAGCUUGGGUAGUUCUUUGACCGGAUAUACGUGGCCGUUCGCGUUGUAGAAGUACCACUUUCAGUUGAUUUAAGUAUAUCUUCAAGUAGGCACUUCUACCUGCAUGUAUUUAAAGUUUAUAAGUUCCGAAACCAACUCAACGCAACCACUUAUUUCCUGCAGUUUCGGAGCUGUCAUCAGCGGCACCGGCACAGGGUGGCGAGGCUGCAGGGGAGCAACCAGCAACAAGCGCGCCGUCGAUUCCGACCUCGACUGUGAUGGCUUUUCUCAGCACAGUAGUUAUGGGACAAGAUGUAGCGGAAGAAACUACUAGUUCUAGUAGGUAAUGACUAUGGCUAGUUUGUUCUAGUAGGUAAUGACUAUCACUAUGGUUAGAUCUAGAUCAUUUGCAUGAAGUGGUACAUUCUUGGAUUUAUUAAUAAUCAUGAUUCUUUCACCUCCACCUCUAACAACAACCCUGCGAAAUUGGUUGAGUGCAUGACGAGUGUGUACAAGGCGUUUUUGAUUGCCCUUUGUGCAGCGCUGAACAACAACGCAGCAAAAUUCGGUUUAGGGCUUGCACUAGGAGAAAGGAUAUCUACGUUUCUUCUGGCAGUGGCGGAUAAGAUGUUGUUGAAAGUGGAGGAGUCGCCGGAUCUGCACGCAGGUGUAACGGCUCUGCUGAGUCAAGGUCAACAACAGGCAGCGCAGCCGACCGAGGGAGAAAAUCAAGAAGCAUUGGUAAGCGCAAUUAUUCGAGAGGACUGAAUAAACUGGUGUGGUAAUACUUCAGACUUUUUAGAUGCCAGUUUUGUACAACUCGAUAGGAUGGUUUUGUAGGAUUUGCCAGGACCAUGAAUUAGAACCAGUACAAAAUUAAGAUAUUGAGAUUUUUCCACUGAUCAGCAUACCGAGGAAAUUGAAGAUACUCAUUUUAUUAACCCGAACCAUCAGCCGCCGAAAGCUACGCCAAGUACCAUGACCUUAGUUGUGGAUCGAAGCCAACUUUCAGACGCGGAGAGGGAACAGCUGCUACUGCAGAAAUUUCCUGCGUGGCAAUGGCUGAAACUGGGUCUUCGAUCUCUUUGUUCCACCUUGGGACUUUUUCUUUAUGAUUCUUCGUCUGUAGUCCUCCUAAACCUAAGAUGAAGUGGAUGCAUCUUGAAAGCGAUCUCUAUCAAUCUCCAUUGAUUUAAUGUGAGCUCUUUUCCUCCUCCUUUUCAUAUUUCGUCUUGGCGAUUGAAGGACGCAGCAGCAACGUUUAGUGUGUGUCAUUGGGGUGGCUCUCGCAUUGCAGGGGCAAUCUUCAAGAUGAUGAAUCACAGCGACCGAGCCUUGCAAGAGAUGGUUGCUCUGGGCAUCGGUUGGUACGGAUUUGCUUUCCAUCUGCGCCACUUGAACCGACCGUCGCUGCCACUGCUGGUGUCGGUGCCAAUGCUGCCACUGACACUGAUCGAACGCAUUCUGGAAGGUCUCACCUUGCAUAAGGAGCUUAGCUAAACUGGAGGGAAAACAACUACAGCUACACUUUUCAUACAUGGAUUAGAAAUUCAUAUUCCUCAUAGACUUUUUUUGCUGAAAGCCGCGUAUUUUCCCAAUGGAGUUACUGAAGAGACUACAACGUGUUUAGAGAAAUUUUUGGACAGCGCUAUUCAAUAGCCUAAGAGAACCACGACUACGUACACAUAAUAUUGAAAGAAAUUAGAAGCGAGGUACGCCGUACGCGCUCAAUAUAUGUGCAAGCAGAAACAGCCUUUGCACCGCAAAUAGGGCCGUAGAAGACGUUGUCAAAUAAUUGAUGAGCUGUAGAAAUAAAAUGUACAAAUUCAUAACAGGAUCGAUUCCACGUCCACAAUUUUUCCGUUUUCGAUAUAGAACUAGUGACUGAACAGUCUACUGAACAGAGGCUGCGCAUACUUCAUACUACCACGGACAGCACUUCAUAAGAUAAAAAAGAUGUUGAGAACAUCAAGGAAAAACUAAGAAGUAGUCUGUCCCCUCGAUGUAGAAGAGCAUCGAUCUGCGGCGAUUUACAACUUCUGCGGGCUGAUGUUGUCACAACCAAUUUUCGUGUCAAGAAU